AUGGUGGCCGCCGCAAGUGUUGAUGCAACAGGUGGAUACGACGGAUACCGCGUACGUUCCUCUCCGUAUGAAGAGCUUUUCACUCCGUUUACGAUGAGAAGCAGAGAUUUCUUUUACGAUAGCGCCCUCUUACCGAUAUUUUCCGGCGCGUUGUCGCUCUCAGUUCUAACGGUCGUGACGUUGACGAAGCUUUUUCGAGGAAACAAAACACGACAAGAAGACGAUUUGGCCUCGGUGGAAGACGCACAAAACCUCAAAAAUCAUAUCUUAUCGCAUGGUGGGAUCGUCAGAUUUGGACUUCAAGUCCUUCGGUUCAUAUCAUCCGUCGCCCUUGUGUGUAUUGGAGGGUUCACGUUUGCUACGGCGUACGACUGGGAUUACCGCGUUAUUGCUUCGAACGCUAACCUGGUGUACAUCUGUGUGCUAUCUUUGGCUGUCGUCGUCGCGUCGCCAAAAUGGAGCGAUAUGGUGACGCGUCAUGUCAAUUUGCUACUUGUCGUGACGCUCUUGGUGUAUACCUAUCGUGACCUCUUCCCGCUGGCCACCUAUACUCUCCAUCCAAAGGACCAUGAAGAAGGCUUAUUGUUAUGGUGGAAAAUCGGUGUGGUAGCCGCUGCAACCGCGCUACCUUUGGCCAUGCCGAGACAAUACAAGCCUGUCAACCCCAACAAACCAUCCCCAAAUCCCAAUCCAGAGCAAACCGCUACCUUAUUCAGCUUGAUCUUCUUCUUCUUCCUCGAUCCUCUCAUUCUCGCUGCAUCUCGCGUAACUCAUCUAACGGCAGAUCAGCUGCCCCCUCUAGCUGAUUACGACGCUGCGGAUUAUUUGCGUGAAAAAGUUCAAAAGCAUGUACCAAGCUUCAACCGUCCGGAUUCUUUCGUCCAAAACCGCCCACGACGCCAUAUAUUCUGGACCUUGUUGUGGCUGGUGAAGUACGAAUACCUUUGGAUGAUGGUGAUGGUCGUGAUCUUUACACUUGGCAAAUUUGCCAUACCCGUCGCGCUCAACCAGCUCUUGAGAUUCAUGGAGGCGAAUGGCGAGCCCGCCUUCAUACGCCCCUGGUUCUGGGUAGCCAUGCUUUUCGUUGGCCCAAAUAUUGGCUCAAUGGCCAUUGAAAGAUACAUGUUCGAAGCUUUUCGUAUUUUAACACACCUCGACAGCAUCCUCUCCCAGGCAGUAUUCUCACAUGCGUUACGUAUCCGGAUGAAAGUUGAUGGUUCUCCAUUAUCUGCUCGGCCCAACUCAAAUGAAAACGUUGAGGCAACGUCGAACUCGAAGCCAGGCACACAUUCCAGCUCCCUCGUCGGAAAAAUCAACAAUCUAGUCACUACGGAUGUCAGUAACGUCCUGGAAGGAUCUCAUGUCACCUAUCUCUUCACCUAUGUCCCGCUUCAGUUCACACUGAGCUUGUUAUUCCUCUAUUCGGUUUUGGGGUGGAGCGCUUUCGUUGCAUUCGGAACGAUGUUGAUACUCCUUCCUGUCCUUCUUAUUUUGGCGAAUAUCACACAUAGGAUACAGAAGGAGAAGAUGAAGAAGACGGAUGAGAGGGUUCAGUUGGUUUCUGAAACAACGAAAGUCAUUCGGAUGGUUAAGUUGUUUGGGUGGGAGACCAAGAUGAGCGAAGCCAUUGCGGAGAAGAGGGAGGAGGAGCUUAAAUGGAUUCGAAAGCUUAUGUUGUUGCAAGCGAUGACUCGGGUUGCCAACUUUUUAAUACCGGUUAUCACGAUGGCAGUUUCUUACUUCACAUAG